GGUAUGCUAAUGUAAUAAUCAUAAUAAUAAUGUAAUAAAAUGAAAUGUACAAAUAACCAUACAUUUAACAAAGGCAUGCCAUUAUAGUUGAAGGUAAACACAUCAGUACAAUGCAACUACUAAUAGUUGGGGAUGAAAAAUUAUUCACGUGUGCCGGUGAUCCAAAAUAAAUAAACACGUGUAUUCCCUAAUCGCUGAGUCGAUUGUGAGAAGAGAACUCCACCCACUAACACGAUGCAGCAGGAGAUUAGCCAGUCUGUCAUGUCGAUUCAAAACGCUGUGUUGUUGAUUCGUCCAGAGUACCCCGAGGCUGAGGCACAGACCAGGAUGUGAACGCCGGAGCGCUGGGAGCAGAAAAAAAGAAUUUGCCAUGAAUGUUAACCGCAGGAAUCUGGCGCAGCAGCUGUGCAAGGCCGUGAGCGAUGGAGACCCCAGGCAGGUGGAGGUGCUGCUCACGCGGGGCGCAGACCCAAACCUCGUGUCCCCCAAGGGGGUCGCAGCCGUGCACCUCGCUGCUGGGAAGGAGACAGAGAAAAGGAUUUGCUGCCUCAGUCUCCUCCUGCAGCACCAGGCUGACCCCAACAUCAGGGUUGAAGAUGCUGACCAAUCAGAAAGGGUAUUAUGGGGUGGUGGCGACCUGGCCAAUGAAACGGCGGCGUCUGUUGGGCGUGCAUCUGCUCCGCAGUGCCAUGCACAUCUUUCUGGCGGAGGGGGAGAGGCAGCUGCGGCCGACAGACAUCCGCGCGGGGCAGUGAAAUAGUUUGAUCUUCUGCUGCUUGAACCCGGGCAGCUACGCGGAAGCACAGCAGUGAGACAGAGCUACGAUGACUGAGCCACCUCGAGCACUACACUACAGCCCAGCAGUUUGAAUCACUUUGACCCUGGCACCUUGUAGCAGGACUUCUGGGUUGCACAGCAAACUGAGCAGGAUGCCCUGGUUGGACAGAGCAUUACAGAAAAUGAUAAUCUAGUCGACUUGCUGAAAUCUAUCCUGGCUGUUAGACUGCAUUCGUGAUUUGACUUGGUCAGACGUUUCUAAAUAAACUACUGACCGUUUUGUAAUUGCACUGAAUGCAGAGGCGCUGGCCCAAAGUUUUGCAUCACCCUAUAGCAUGAAAUAGCUUUGCUUUGAGUGAAACCUGCUG